AUGUCCCUCAUGAGGGAUCUGCAUUUGGCUGCUAAGCAUCACCUUGAAGAGAGGAAGAGAUCGCUGGCCCUGAAACUUGCUGCUGAAAUUCUGUUUGUAGACUGUGGACUGAAACCUGGUUUUCUAUAUGAUCUCAGUGGUGCAGGUGUGGUACAAAUUCAGGGAUACCUCAAGGAGCUUCAUCGGUUGGGUUUCAUAAAGGGGCCACUCCAUGUUAUUAACAUGGCAGACACAGUUCUUAUUAUAAAUGUGUCAAGCACUGUCUCUUAUCUGGGAUUGGUAUUGGAUAGGGAAGAUUUACAUGUAAUAGAUGUUUCUGCCCAACUCAAGCAUCCAGAGAUGUUUAAAAAAGAUAAACUUUGCCAUAUCAGGUCCCAGCUUUCAGACCUCCUGACACUUCUGAAGCCUUAUCAGGAUAUAAAACCAGACAGUAUAUCAGUAGUCCACAUUCCUUGUCCUGAGUGGAACCUCUGCACCAUGUUUGGUUUCCUUCUGCACUUUCCUGUUGUCUACUGGUUUGACACCUCAAAAAGCUUUGAGAAUUGCUUAUCUUUCACACCACUCAAACAUUUUACUGUUCAGAUUACAUGCCCUAAAAUUGGACUCCAGAAAAUACAAGUUUACUCUUUCACAGUUCCAGAGUCUGUCUAUCAGUUUGUACAAACACUCCUACAGAAGUGGAUCAAGGGCCUUAGACAGAUGUUUAAUAUGCAAGGACAUUUCACAGACCUUGAAAUUCUCACAGAAACUGUAAUGCUACCAGCUGUUGCGCUGUGA